AGUCACAAAUCACAAUUAAACGAGGCACACCCACGACACAACUCAGCACAAAAUUGUAAUACUACAAAAGGUGUCGGGAAACGCGAGUUUCGGAGAAUCUUAAUUUGGGGAAAUUGUUACCGAAGAAAUUCAUACACGUUAGCAUCUCGCGUCUCCAUUUGAUUCCGAUUCCACCAUCUCUUCCACCCACACCUUCGACAUCAACAAUUAAGGCUUCAAUUUUCAUGCUCGAGCGACAAUUUCACCAACGAGUCAUGAUUUGCUAGCCAAAAAGUUGUAUGUAGGGUGCCAACAAGGGUCAAGGGAUUGAAUUGGACGUCUUGGCCCUGCCUUUGCUUCGUUCGUUGGAUCAGAAGAUACUUUUUUUUGGGGUUUCAUUUGUAUGAUCGUGACAAAUGGGGGCGUCUUCUGACAACGUAACUGGGUUUAUUCUGGCUGUUUCUUCCAGCAUUUUCAUUGGCUCUAGUUUUAUAAUUAAAAAAGUGGGCCUGAAAAAGGCUGGGACUACAGGGAAAAGAGCAGCCUCGGGAGGGCAUGCGUAUCUAUAUGAACCUUGUUGGUGGUUUGGAAUGAUCUCUAUGAUUGUUGGGGAAAUAGCCAAUUUUGCAGCUUAUGCAUUUGCACCAGCGCUACUUGUAACUCCUUUAGGAGCUUUAAGUAUCAUUUUCAGUUCAGUACUAGCUCACUUUAUCUUAAAAGAGAGAUUGCACAUGUUUGGAGUGCUUGGAUGUGCUCUCUGUGUGGUGGGAUCUACAACUAUUGUUUUGCAUGCUCCCCAUGAAAGAGUUAUUCACUCCGUUAAGGAAGUGUGGUUCCUUGCUACAGAACCAGGCUUUGUAAUCUACACCAUUAUAGUUGUGGUUCUGGUUUCCGUCCUUAUUUUCUAUUAUGUUCCUCGAUGUGGACAAACUCAUCUGGUUGUAUAUGUUGGAAUAUGUUCUCUCACAGGCUCAAUUACGGUUAUGUGUGUGAAAGCAGUGUCAAUAGCUAUAAAGCUAACAAUGGAAGGCCAAAACCAAUUCAUUUAUUUCCAAACCUGGUUCUUUACGCUUGUUGUGAUAGGAUGUUGUCUUUUGCAGAUUAACUACUUGAACAAGGCUUUGGACACCUUUAACACUGCAGUUGUAUCACCAGUUUACUAUGUCAUGUUCACAUCAUUCACCAUAUUUGCCAGCAUAAUCAUGUUUAAGGAUUGGGACACACAAGAUGCAUCACAAAUUGCUACUGAGAUUUGUGGCUUUGUCACAAUUUUAUCUGGGACCUUUCUUCUUCACAAAACCAAAGAUAUGGGAACUAAACCCAUAGAGCCCCCAGUUUUUAUAACUCCGGACCAUGCUAAUAAUAAUAACUUAGGGACUUCAUAGGCAUGGCUCAUUUUUUUUUUUUCAAACUCAAGUCUGGACUACAAUGGCCUUCCACCUAGGUUCCCAAGGUAAACAGACAGUUUUCAGAAUCCAAUGAAGAUUAAGCUAUGGUAUUUCAAGGAAAAGAUGGUCAGAGAAUGAGUGGUAUUGCCUGGUGCUAACAAUCUUGUAAGUCAGAAAACAAAAACGGAAAGUAUGAAGUUAAUGCGAAAUAUUACAUGCAGCAGCUGUUAAGACAAUAUUGGAGAAUAAUACCACAUUUUUGGUUCUUGUAAUCUUUUUCUUUUGAUUUUCCCUUAUGAGCUGAUUUUUUUUUUGUGAAAUUGUGUAUAGCUAUUAGGCUAAAGUUAGUCUUCAUCAAUAUGAGAUCAUGAUCCUUGGAGUCCAUUUGAAGGUUCUAUUAUGGUAUUCAUAUACUUAAAUGUUAUCCCGAUUCAUCAGUAAAGGAAAAUUUGAAAUAUUCA